CCACCCUUGGAUAACACCUUCCGUGUGAAUUCCGUUGACUACACCAUUCCCGGUACCAGUCACCGAAUCCCUGCCGGUACUUUCUUCCAAAUUCCGAUGUACUCCCUCCAGCGGGAUCCAGAAUACUUCCCGAAUCCGGAUCAGAUGGAUCCGUCCCGCUUUUUGCCGGAAGCAAUCCGGGGGCGGCAUCCGUUCAGCUAUCUACCGUUCGGGGAAGGACCCCGCGUUUGCAUUGGGCUGCGGUUCGGUUUGAUGCAGGCCAAAAUUGGGCUCGUUCAGUUGCUGAAAAACUAUAGCUUUUUACCGGAUCCACGCACCCUGGAUCCGAUGGUCUUCGAUCCUGUUUCCAUCACCCUCGCUCCGAAAGGGGGAAUGUUUUUGAAGAUCGAGAAGAUCAACGUUUGAGAUUUUCAAAUCGAUCAUA